GGUUGGGGGGUGUCCCCGCUGGGGGGGUGGAGAGAAAAAGCAAGCUCCAAUGGACGAGCUUAUUGGGGGGGACGCCGGGCUGAGUGGUCUCAUGAUGCCCUUCAGUGGCCGGGGAGCCGUGCACUCGGCUCGCUGUAAACAGGCCGUGACACCAGGAAGCGGGAGGUCGCGAGUGUUUCUCUUGGAUACAUUUUAACCUUCCUGGGAUACAAAGUAACUGCGAGAGAACUCCCCCUGCCUUGCUGUUCCCUGCUUUGGAGAGCUCUGCCUUCAUUUUUAUUGGUGUUCAAACCCACCGCUGGUUUUCCUCGUGUUUUGAAACACUGUCUUUUGUUUGUGAUUCUUGCUUUCCAAACCACCACCACCCCCGCCCCCGGCUUUUAUUUGUGAAGAGCCUGUUUCAUGGCUCCCCGUUUCCUGGCUCUCUGAGUUACCCUCGCCUCCUGUCCCACCCCGCAAUCGCUUCCCGGGGAUGGGGUCUGUCAGAAAUGGCCUCCGACGGAGUGACACGUACAUUCUGGCCGUCGAUGUCGGCUCCACGUCCAUCAGGUGCCACGUGUAUGACCCCGCCGCCAAGAUCAAAGGGUCGAGCAGCCGGCCGAUGAAAAUGUUGUAUCCCAAGCCUGGUUGGGUGGAGGUGAAUCCAGACGAGAUGUUUGAACAAUUUGUUACUGUUGUUAAGGAGGCUGUUGAAGAUUCUGGAUUGCACAUGAAGCAGAUAGCUGCUCUUGGCAUUUCAACACAGAGAGCAACAUUUGUCACUUGGGACAAGACAACAGGAAGGCCCUUUCAUAACUUUAUCUGUUGGCAAGACCUACGAGCCGCUGAUCUUGUCAGGUCGUGGAACAAGUCAUUAUUACUUUGGGUGGUUCAUAAAUCCAGUGGAUUACUCCAUUUUCUGACCAGGAAGAAGCGCUUCUUAGCUGCGAGUGUCAUCCAUUUCUCCACCCAGCAUGUAUCGAUUCGUUUAGCCUGGGUUCUCCAAAAUAUAAAGCAGGUUCAAGAUGCUGUCGCUGAAGAAAACUGCUGGUUUGGUACUAUUGAUACGUGGCUGCUAUACAAACUGACAAAAGGUGCUGUUUAUGCUACAGAUUACUCGAAUGCAAGUACUACAGCAAUGUUUGAUCCUUAUCAGUUGUGUUGGAGUAAAUUCCUUGCAAACCUUCUGUCUGUGCCUGUGUCCAUUCUCCCUCCAGUAAAGGAUACCAGUUGCAAUUUUGGAUACACUGAUAAAAGUAUAUUUGGUAUCCCUAUUCAGAUAAUGGCUUUGGCAGCAGAUCAACAGGCAGCCAUGUUUGGGGAGUGCUGUUUUGAACCAGGAGAUGUGAAGCUCACAAUGGGGACAGGCACUUUUAUGUCUAUCAACACUGGAACCAAGCCCCAUGCUUCUGUAACUGGCCUUUAUCCAUUGGUUGGAUGGAAGAUUGGAUCUGAACUUACUUACAUAGCAGAGGGAAAUGCUUCUGACACUGGUAAAGUAAUCCAGUGGGCACAGCAGCUAGGUUUAUUCUCUGAUGUUGCUGAAACUGAAGAGAUGGCACAGGAAGUCCAAAGUACAGAUGGUGUGUUCUUUGUCCCAUCAUUUAGUGGAUUACAGGCUCCUUUAAAUGAUCCUAAUGCUUGUGCGUCAUUUAUGGGACUGAAACCUUCAACAACAAAAAUUCAUCUGGUGCGAGCAAUACUGGAGUCCAUAGCCUUCAGGAACAAACAACUUUAUGAGACAAUGCUGAAAGAAAUCCAUAUUCCUAUUACGUGCAUCAGGGCAGAUGGGGGUAUAUGCAGCAAUCAGUUUGUCAUGCAGCUUACCGCAGAUCUGCUUGCUAGUCAUAUCGAGAAACCGAAACGUGUGGAUAUGUCCAGUCUCGGGGCAGCGUUUUUAGCUGGCCUUGCAAAUGGGUACUGGGGCAGCAGAGAAGAUCUGAAGGCUGUAAGAUCUGUGGAAAAGAUCUACAAACCACAAGAUGUGUUACAUAACUAUAAAUCCACCAUAGAAAACUGGGAGCUGGCUGUGAGCCGAUCCAUGCACUGGUACACUAAAACAAAGCAGGAGUGAAUUUUUUUUUUCUUGAAUAAAGGAUGGCACUGACAAGUUUUCUUCUGUAAAUGUUCCAAGGUACAUGUUUGUAUAUGACUCCCAUUGAUAAAGACUCCUGAUUUAUCUGAAGGGAGAAUGAGAAUACUGUGAGCCUUGUUUUCAGUUUUGUAAUAGAAAUAGCUAUUGGAAACACUUACUAGUAUAAACCACUUGUGCCUGCAAUAAUUCAUAUUGAAACAAAAUAAUUCACUUUUCAAGAUAUUUUAAAUGUUCAAAUCCUUCCUGGUACCCUAGGAAGCCAGCUUGCAUCUCAAUAGGUGUGAAAAUGAAAAUCCACCAAAAUGAUAGGUUAUAUCAGGAAUGCCUAGCAUUGCUGAUCCUUGAGCCUGUGACCAAUUGAUUGAAAGUCACGUGCACUCCCUCCUUCCCCAAACCCCUCUCCCCGUCCCCAACCCUCCUUAUCCUCUGCGUUUAGGCUGCUUCAAUCACUGAACCUUCUGGUACAGAAAAGUCUUUUCAAAAUAUCAAUGAUCAGUUCAUGCCCAGACUACGAGUUGAAAAUAUGACAUUGCUGAAUUAGGAAAGAACCUAAUUCUGAUUUCCACUGAAAUGAAUGUAAAGGGGAGGAAAAAAAGUUGGUUUCUGUAACAGGUAGCCAGUCACAACUUUAAGGCACUUCACUGGUGUAAGGUGAUUUGUGAUAUCCUAAGAGAGUGCUUAUUAAAAUGUAGGUCUUUUGUUCUUGGGCAGGAAGUCAAAUUUCUACCUCUAAAUAUUUUAAUCUGGAAUAAAUAAUUGUGCUUUAUUACUACUACCUGAAAUAUAAAAUAUCUACAAAAUGGCACUUUUAAAAUUACCAAUGUGUGCCUUAUUAGACUUUUUAAGUGUAGUUGCUUGCAUAGAGACGCAGGUUUAGACAUUGACUUCAAAAUGUAAAGUAAUUUAAAUUAAACAGAACAAACAAUUGUGAGCUCUUGAAAAUGUUUCUUUGCGGAGUUUCGAUGCAGUACUUCAGAAAAUAUUUAAGAUACUUAAUCUUUUAAUUGCUCAAGUUGUAUCUACGUUUCUAAAAAUGUCAUCUCAUUUUAACUGGUUAACUCACCUUCAAAACAAUUGAACUCCAGUUGCAUAUGAUGCUGACACUUAAAUGGUCCUAAGCAAAUCCAGUACUGAAUUUUAUAGUCUAAUCUUCAUGGAGUUAUGAAGCUUGUUUGAAGCAUGUGCUUAACCAUUUCCUCUUGUUUCCUUACACUAAACAUUACCAGUACGUGGCCAGUAUCUCGGGUGGAUUUUGGUUCAGUUGUAGUCAGUACAUUCCAGUUAAAUCACUGCUCUGCCUCCAUCAGGAUCUUGUAUGUAGCUCCAGUGAUAGUAGUGUGUGGUAUCACGGUAAAUGCGCUGUCUCAGCAGAUGAUGGGGCUUGGACAUAUAAAAUUAUUUGACUUUGUACUUGAUCAUUGAUUGCAUUCAUUCCAUUGAGUGAUGUUCUGUGUCAGUUGAGCCAUUAUUCUCAAAUUUGAAGGUAAGAGGGCCCAUUUUGGGUUGCUGUUGGCAGCUGUUGUUUCAAAAACACCAAAAGAGGUCUGCAAACCUUGGUGUUUUUUGGUAGAAAAUCUCUAUCUCCUCUUAGAGCUUCAGUGCAUCAAAUAUUUUAAGCACAAAGGAUCAAAUUCAUAUGUUCCAAUAAAUAAAGUGACACACGUUUGUCUGAGUCAAUGUGCAAUGGCAAAGGUAAAAACUUGUAAAUACAACAGGGGUGAAUUCUCUCGCAUUUUAUUAUUCACUUUUUCUGUUGUGAAACUGCCAAUUAGUGCAAGAAUGUGAAAUGUCUCUCAAGUCAUCAGGAAAUGAUGCCAACAGCCUCUCGUUUCCAUUCGUGACACUGCUCUAUAGUAAGUAAGACCCAAAAUAAAAACAGAAAAGUUACCUCUCCAGCGUUUAAACAUUGUGAUUACAGUUGGAGUAACAGGUAGUAUUAUUUCCAACUUGAGAUUUCUGUCUGUUUUUAAAAAGUAAACCCUAGUAUUUUAUCAGAGUUUCCACUAAAAUUGAUUAUGUCCAGUUAAAUUGCACAUCUGAUUCACAAAUGGAUUUUUUAGUUUUAGAAAUGACAUCUAAACUGUGAUCAGAUGUACUCAAUGUGCUGUUUUGAAAUUGUGAAUUAAAAAUGGUCAAUCAACUAUAUUAUUUGUAAACUACUUUCAAAAGCUUCUGCAAUCUAACCUGGGUACUUGCUGUUUAAAAAAUGCUAUUGACAAGUUAUUGUUUAAUAAAUAAUGCUAUCUGUCCUGUCAUUUUAGUUAGUUAUGCAUUAAUGUGUAAAUAAAACAUUGGAUA